AUGGGCUCAUCGGAGUCGGACGCAGCGCAACAAGUCAUGUUCAACGCGAAGGGUGUUACGCUUAUAAUAGAGGCCGUCAACGGACUCGUGAAAUCGCCAGAGCCAGAGCCCCGCGUGCUCGAUACGCCAAAGAUCAGUCUGAGCAACAUGAAGUCUCGAAUCGACGCGGCGCUAAUGGUGUCGGCUGGAACGUCCAGUGCUAACAAGCAGUCGCGUCCUUCCGAAGAAGACGCGGCGUCACCGGGUCCCUCUCGGCGCAGCAGCGGCAGAAUGACGAUUCCCCGCGAACAGCCGGCGCAGCCGGCGCUCAAGAAGCCCAAGGUAGAGCCGCAGAGUGAAUCUCAAACCGGCGACACUCCACGAUCGCUCCGUAGCGGGCGCAGCUAUAUCAACGAUUCGCCGGCUGCUCAGAAGGCGUCUACCGCGCAGUCCUCAAAGACCACGAGCGCCGGCGCGUCGACACCGGCCUCCGCUAAACAGACCGCUGCUCCAACAGCGUCGCCGUCAACGGCUACGACGUCGUCGCCGCCACAGAAGCCCGCCAAACAAGCCACACCAAAGGCGGGCUCCUCGAGCUCGCGGUCGAAGCAAGACUUGGCGGAGCCACUUCCCGACCUCUGGCGCAUCUCGCCCAAGAUAGCUGAAGAAAUGAAAAGUAUUGCAUUCCGGCAUUUUCAUUUUUCCAUCUAA